AUGGGUAAUCAAGACGAAGACCAACUACUAGAGGAUGCGUCGACAUUGUUGAUGUUUGCCACUGCGGCUGCACAGCAACAGUCACCAACAGAGUCUGCGGCCUCGCCACCGCUGGAGCCUGCUAAUCAAGCACAACAAGAAGUGCCGUCGCACAUAGUUACUAUAUCAACGUCAAACCAAGCUCCAAAGGUUCAGCAGCUGGCCCUGGCACCUAAGAAGAGCUCUAUUCUCAGUUUGAUGAAUGAUGAGCCAAACCAAGAUACAGCGCCAAAGCAAGAGACACAGCCAAAGGCAGAGCCAGUUCCCUCACGAAAGACUGCCUCGCCUCCGUCAAACUUACCAAAACAGGGUGUCUUUAAACGAACACAUGAAAGAAGUCGGUCGACGCCAGAUGCACAGAAGCACAUGACACCCGGGUAUGAGCGUGGCAUUGAUUUGAGGAAAGGAGAGAGAGACGGUAAUAAUGCUGUAAUAGCUGCGGCGGCAUUGACAGCUGCUGCUGAUAUCCCCUUCCCCUUGAAGCAAAAAGAACAUCAAAAUAUCCCUCUGUUGGAAAUGUAUCAAGUAGAUCAGGACUCGGGUAUUAUUGGAUGUAUUUGUGGCAUAGAAGACGAUGAUGGGUUUACAAUACAAUGCGAUAUAUGUUAUAGGUGGCAACACUGUGUGUGUAUGGGAUAUGAGAACGGACAGGAAGUUCCAGAAGACGAGUACAAGUGUUAUUUUUGUGACCAGUUAAAGUGGGGUAAAUUCGACCCAGCCAUUGCCAGAGAAAAGACGUUGGCCAGAUUGGAAGCUGAACGGAUGGAGCAAGAGGCAAAAGAAAAAGCAGCAGCUGAGGAAAAAGCGGUAAGGGAGGUGAAGGUAGAAAGUAACAAGAGGAAGCAGCCGAGUGCUGAGAAGGGAGACAAAAAGAGAAAGUCAGAAGAAAAAGUUGUUGUGAAGGAGGAAGAACCCAACGAGGUGAAUGAUGAUUUACCGAAUAAGGACAAUGAAUUAUUGGAGGAAGGAGUAGUUGCAGAACCUUACCAAUCCGUUUACUAUCAACUAAAAGAGAAUGAUUACAAGAGACAAGGUGUAAAAACGUUUCUUAAUCAUGUUGGGAUAGAGUUUUACAAGGAGUAUCUCAAUCUACCAAAUGAGGAACAAGAGAAGCUAAACGUUGAGGUGAUGCCGGUAAGUCAAUUCAAGUCACUUAAAAUGAGUAGGAUAAUACGGCCGAGGUUGGCCAGAUAUCUCCAAGAAAACAACAGAUUGGAAAAGAAAAAGAAUUUCAACAAGACCAAGAUCGAAGUCAAACCUUAUACAGAUAACCUGAAACAGAAGUUUAACGGUAUUUCAAAACUUUCCUUGUUUAUAAGCACGGCCGAUGAAUCGUUAAUAAUACCCGAAGAAACUCCAAUUAUUGAAUAUUUAGGAGAGGUUGAUUUCUUUCAAGAUUACUGCCUUGACAAGAUAAAUCAGUAUGCCCAUUGGGGCACCACUAAACCAAAAGUAUUGAAAACAGAGGUAUUGACAACGGGUUUCCACCCCGUUGAAAUGGUUGUGGACUCAAGGUUUGUUGGUGACGAGAGUCGCUUCAUUCGAAAGUCUUGCUUUUCGUCGUCAAAUUGCAAGAUACGCCCCGUAUAUCUUCCAGACACCAACAAGUUCAAGUUUCUUGUUGUUACAUCAAAACCUAUAGUAUUAAAAGGCGAGAAUUCCGAUGAGGAAUUGCGCUUACCUUGGGAAUGGGAUCCAACUCAUCCGAUUUUGAAGCUAUAUGAAAAUAAUAGCACCGAGAAAUUUGAAAGCUUGACCAAUGAGGCCAAAUCAGCUUUGAUUUCUUAUGUUGAUAAUAUUUUGCAAUUUGUUGAAUGUGGAUGCUCGACCAACUCCAACUACAACAAUUGUGCUAUAUUUAAGAUUAAGAAGGCAACGAGUUACCUUAUGAGGUCUACAAGGAAAGCCGCCAAUUUGAACAACACCGCAGCUAAGACUAAAGAAGAGUUGGUUUUGCCACGUCCAAGUAGGAAGUUUGUUAGCUGGGAAGAGCGAAUAGUUGCGCGUGAUUUACAAUUACAAGAGAAGUUGUUGCACAAGGCUGGCAAGACGAUGAGAGUAGAGACCAGUGAUCCUCCCAAAGUCAAACCUAAUGUGUUGUUUAAGAUGCCGUACAAGCAGGAAUUGUUAUUACGAGCUCGCCAGCAACUAGGAUCUACGGUGCAGUUGAGAGUAGAAGCAGAAAUAGGAGGUGAAAAUGAGAGUAAUUCGGAGAAGGAAGAGGAGGAAUAUGCUAAUGGAGAUGUAAAUGAUCUUGCAAUCCCAAUUGUCCCCGAACUUGUAACUAAUAUCGAAUUACAAGUGUGCCUGGAAUUGAACUUGAAUGAGAAUAACUCUAGCAAGGUAAAGACUGAGCACGAGGUGCAGCCAUUGAGUCGACAACAGCUGCAACUGCAGAUACAUGUAAUGAAUGAUCGGAGUAGACCAGCAUCUGAAGAGACUAAACCAACUAAGAAGUUAUCGCUUGCUGAGUACAUAAAGACAAAGUCAUAG